AUGGUUUCCAAAACCACGCGAGCUGCUACUGCAGCAGCAAGAAGGGCGGCUGCACGCAUACGUGCGGCCGCUGAAAGUGCCUCUCAGGCCUCAGCAGCAGGCGAUUCGUCGCCUGUUGUUGUGAAUCGUCCACGUGGUGAGUCACCACGUGCAACAGGUAGAUCCGUUGCGUCCGCAGCGGGUACCUCGAAUCGUAGUCAAGAUGAGUUUGAGAUAGAGCUCAUCUAUUCUGGCGAGUUGGAUGAUACAUCCGGCUCGAAGGCGACGCCUCACGACUCCGGACCACCCGGGGCGGACACUGCAAGAGCCAAGUUGACUGGCUCUGGUCAGAGUGGCGGCAUCAUGCUCGAGAUCUUCGGAUCGAGCGAUUUCCGACGAAUCUCCGCCUCGCGCAAUGCUCAUGCUGGCGCCAAUCAAGAGGCCAGGGACCGAAAUAUCCUGCGCUACGCUCCUCAAGUGGAGUUCCCGUGGAUGCCGCCAUCUAGAGAAUUGGAUCGGUUGGCCGGCACUACUACCGAACGGGAUCGAAUCCCGUUGUUCGAUUGCAGGAAGAUUUGCCCUCCUGAUUCCAGCACGGAAACUAUCCGUGCUGAUGAAGAGUUCUUCACUGAUGCGUUUUUCAAACAUCGGUGUUACGAUAGCAGCCGUGGUCGAGGCGACAAGGCCUUGGUGCAAGAAUGUAAUGCCUUCAUCUAUAACAUCGAGUGCAAAUGCCGUGAGGCCUGGCUCAGUGAACUUGAUGCAGCUCGCAUCAGGUUUGAGGAGCAUAACUAA